UUAGUGGUUCCACAAAUGAUGUUCAUAAAUAGCCACUACAUCUGAGGGUUAGAGAAUCAAACCGAUUAAGCAUUUCCAACUUUGUAGUGAUCAAUAGAUUGAGUUAUCUUCUUCAUUCACUUAAGUAACGUUCAUACUAUCUAUCAAUCACAUGGGUUCAUUGGGUUCCCUCAAUCAAGAUCAGGAUCAAGAAUUGUUGAUCAAAAAUGUUUGUGAGAUUUAUAACAGCUUAUCAACCCUCGAAAGCCUCAAACCUUCAAAAGAUGUUGACACUCUUUUCACUCAACUAGUCCAUUCUUGUAUACCGCCAUCUCCUAUAGAUGUUACCAAAUUAUCAACCAAAGUACAAGAAAUCCGUUCCAAACUCAUCCGUCUCUGCGGAGAAGCUGAAGGUCAUUUAGAAUCUCAUUUCUCAACCUUAUUAGGUUCUUAUGAAAUCCCACUUGAUCAUAUCAACAUCUUCCCCUACUACACAAAUUACAUCAGACUUGGACGUCUUGAAUAUACUAUACUCAGCAAUUAUAUCGCAAACCCAAAUCCUAAUCAUAUCGCUUUCAUCGGUUCUGGUCCUCUACCGCUCACAUCGGUCGUCUUGGCUUCAAAUCACCUGAGGACCACUACUUUUCACAACUACGAUAUCAACCCAUUGGCAAAUGCAUUGGCUCGUAACUUGGUAGCUGCGGAUCAUGACUUGUCAAAGCGUAUGAUAUUCCAUGAUACUGAUAUUAUGGAUGUUACACAUGGUUUAAGCGACUACGACGUUGUUUUCUUAGCUGCUUUAGUUGGUAUGAACAAAGAAGAGAAACGGAAAGUUAUUGAUCAUCUGGCUAUGCACAUGGCGCCAGGGUCCUUACUGAUGUUGAGGAGUGCUCAUGGUGCUCGGGGUUUUCUAUACCCAAUUGUUGAGCCUAGUGAUCUACCAGGUUUUGAAGUUCUCGCAGUUUUUCAUCCGAUGGACGAAGUUAUAAAUUCGGUGAUUGUUGCGCGUAAAAUCAAGAAUCAACCGGUACUAGUUCAUACUGUUAUUAGUAACCAAGGCUUGGGCGACUUGGUGUGAGCAUUCUGAUUUACGAUUUUAUUGUUUGUUUUUCGUUCUUUCUUUUCGUAAAAUUUUAAAGUUUAAAGUGUGCAAGUGGAGAAGUCCACUUAAAUAAAACUCUUUAAUUUGUAUGUGGAGUAUUUUAUCGUGUGAGUUCAGUUGUAAGUGAUAUUUCAACUUUGGAAUAAAAUUACGUUUCGUGUCUUUAAUGAGAACGGAAA